AUGAGAUGUCGCUUACCCGGCGGGGCUUCAGACACGUCCAAGCUCUGGAAUCUACUGAAGUCUGGGCGCUCUGGUCAAUGUGAGAUUCCCAAAUCACGUUUCAACGCGGAUGCAUUCUUCAAUAAGGAUCCCGAUUUUCCGGGGAGUAUCCAUUCAACAGGAGGAUAUUUCAUUGAAGAUGAUGUCCGCCUUUUUGAAAAUGCCGUAUUUGGCAUUAAUAACCUUGAGGCAAGCUACAUGGAUGCUCAGCAGCGACAAUUGCUCGAAGUGGUGUUCGAAUGCUUUGAAACUGCUGGCGCGACUAUUCAAAAUCUCUCUGGUACCAACGUUGGCUGCUAUGUUGCCAACUUUACCACCGAUUUUGUUACCAUGCAGGCAAAAGGUCCAGAAUCUUUCCAUCGAUAUAGUGCUACUGGGUUUGGGCCUACAAUUCUUGCAAACAGGAUCAGUCAUGUCUUCAAUCUGAAAGGACCCAGCUUUGUAAUGGACACUGCUUGUUCUUCAUCACUCUAUGCAUUGCACACAGCCUGUCAAGGGCUAAGACUUCAAGAAUGUGACGCAGCAGUUGUUGCAGGCGCGAACUUGGUUCAAUCACCCGAAUCAUACAUAGCGAUGGUCAAGGCUGGAGUUCUUUCAGCAAGCUCGACCUCACAUACUUUCGACAGUUCUGCUGAUGGGUAUGGAAGAGGCGAAGGUAUCGGUGCAUUAUAUCUAAAGCGCUUAAGCGAUGCCAUUCGGGAAAACGACCCAAUCAGAGGCGUAAUACGCGGGACAGCAGUAAACAGGCAAGUGGUGCAACUUCAUCGAUAG